AUGGCAAUAUGUGGUAAAAUUAGUGUUGAAUUUGCGAUCCAAAUACCAGCUUCAAAGUUCUUCCACAUUUUGGCAAAGGAAUUCCACAAUAUCCAAAACAUUUGUGAAAGAGUGCAUGGAGCCAACUUGCACCAAGGUGAUGACUGGCAUUCCACUGAUUCGGUCAAAAAUUGGACUUGUCACAUAGAUGGUAAGGUAAUUACAUGUAAAGAGAAAAUUGAAACUAUCGAUGAGGAGAAGAAGUCAAUUUCAUACAUUAUCUUUGAUGGAGAUAUCAGUCAGAACUACAAACUCUUUAAGACCAAUGUUCAAGUGACUGAGACCAACAAUGAGUGUGCUUGUGUUAAAUGGACCAUUGAAUUUGAGAAGAUCAAUGAAGAUGUUAAAACUCCAUACGGCUACUUAGAAUUUUACGAGAAGGGUACUAAAGAGGUUAAUGAUCAUCUUCUCAAGGCAUAG